AUGUUCGCGUCCAAGAAGACCCUGGUGCUGCUCGGCGCUGUCGCCGCCAAUGUCGCCUCCGCGACCGUUGUUUCCGAAAACCUGCUCCGCAAGAAGACCACCCGCUCCGAGGUGACGACGACCGAGGUACUUACUUACUUAUACUUAAACCAUAAGUAUUUGGAAAAAAGGAGCUUCUUGUACAGAUCAUGCGCUAACUUCAUUGAAGGAACUAAUUGGUGAAACGACGACUCUUCUGACUUCUGUCUUCUGACUUCUGUCUUCUAGAAGUGAGACCACGCCUGCGAGUAGAGUGCUUUGGGUUCUUUAAGAUUUGGUGUUGACAUAAUGAUAUAUUCACCAGUUGCAGCGGACCAGGCUACUUACUACUUCUUUUAUUUUUUUCCACCCAGGCUGCCGCGGCUGAAGAAGCGAGCCUGUUGCAGGUCACCCCGGAUGACUUUGCCGAGCUGCA